CCCAUCCCACUCCAUGGAAAUCGGGAGUGACUGUGACAGAAGGAAGGGGACAGAAAGUCUGAGAGCAGAAGGAACCCUGACUGAAACUUUAUCACAUGUCCUCCAGGACCGAACCGGACCUUUAAUCUGGACAGCCAUUGGAUAACCUGCGGUUCAGAAGUGUGUUGGAAACUGCUGCGAAAAUGCGGUCCGGUUCUCUGUUCAGGCUCUGCGUGCUGUGGGGCUUUGUGGUGGUCACGACCUCCGUGACCAGUAAGGCUGCCAAGAGGAAGGUGGCAGGUCGAAGGUCCAGACAGGUUUUUGAGGCGGAGCCUAUUGAUGCGGUGUGGUCUGUCUGGGGGGAGUGGUCAGAAUGCUCUCAAACCUGUGGAGUGGGUGUGUCUCAGAGGACCAGGAAGUGUUUACCCCCUCCUCCACCUCCUCAGACCCCUCCUAUCUCCUUUGCUUCACCUAACUGGGCGGGUUAUAUCCCUGGGAGCGUAGUGGGACCAGUUAAUUCACCUGUCAGCCCUUACUAUCCCCCUCGUUACCGUGGGCAACGCCCAUCUUAUCGCUCACCAUCAGUCUCCAGGAGUCAUAAUCCUGGAAUGCCUUUAUAUAGAAACACCCCCACUGGAGGAGAAGGGCCUCCUGUUCCGGGGCAAAGCAAUAGUUUGCCUCCUUUUUACAAUUCUGAAGUGUCCCCCGUCGGCCAGGAACCUGCUUACCAUCCACAGUAUCACAUGAACUCACAGGGUUACAACCCGCCUGCACGGGUCUUCAGGAGGCCAGCUAAUCCAGGAACAGCGAGGGCUGGGGGAGGCGGGAAUAGGCGCUCCAUCCCCACCAGUCGGGAGGGUUUACCUUCGAGGAGGGCUUCCAGCAUCCGUCCAGGUCAAUUUGGGUAUGGAAAGGUUCCCUUCUCUCUGCCUUUGCAUCGAACCAACCGCCAAGCUCGACACACUGCUAACAGUACAGACCAAGAUCCCGGGCUGACUGACGUUAAAGACGACACAAUGGAAAAUGAGGAGAGGCGUGAGGUUGAUAGAGAGUCAGAGAGAACAGAGGAGGAGAACGGAGAGCAACAUGUCAGUGAAGCACCUGCUGCUGAGGAGGAACCCGUUCCCACAGAGAGCGUACGCCAGCAUGGAGGCAGGACACCCCAUCAUGAUCACAGAAGGAUCAGAGUCCAACCUCAACACUCCCCGUCACGCUCCUCGCCCCCGUCCGUCUUUAACCGCCAACGUUUUGACUGGAACUCUGUCACCGCUCCUCCUCCUCCUUCUCAGUCUCACCCACAAUCUUCAAGAAGCUCUUCUCUUUUUACUUCUCCUCUCCAUCAUCCCAACCCAGCGCACACAGAUAGGGAACCCCACCCCGGCUUCAGAUCCCAGGCCCCACCCACCGGCAGCAUCUACCCCUUACAGCACCCAGCCAUGUCUUCUCACCUGGAAGCAGAGGUCGGCAGGCACCCAGGAGGCGAAGUUCAUCGGCCCUUUAGGUGCUCUGGGCCAGAGAGGGAGUUUCGCCGCUGCUUCUCACAGGUGUGCAGAGGAGACGCGGUGGACUCCAGAGCAGAGCAGUGCACCGCCUUUAACAGCCAGAGGUUCAUGGGUCGCCUCUACAACUGGGAGCCUUUCACUGAAGCUGGUUUAGACAAGCAGUGCGAGCUCACCUGCCGACCUGCUGGUUAUCGGUUCUACGUUCAGCUGGCGGAACGUGUCCGAGAUGGCACGCCCUGCUUCAACACCAGUGCCAACGACGUCUGCGUAGAGGGACAGUGUCUGACUGAGGGUUGCGACGGCGUGCUGGGCUCCAGUGCCAUCAUCGACAAGUGUGGGGUGUGCGGCGGGCGGAACAGCUCCUGCAAAAAGGUGACUGGAAGCUUCCACAAUGUCACGGUUCCCCUUGGAUACCACAAGAUCCUGGACAUCCCGCCAAGAGCCACAUUCAUCAACAUCGCAGAGAGACGAGCAAGCCCCAACUACCUGGCUUUGCGGAGCGGCACCGGGGCGUCCGUGGUGAAUGGCCGCUGGGCUGUGGACCCUCCAGGAGAGUACAAGGCGGGGGGGACUACUUUCAUAUACAGCCGACCCAGAGCACAGGGGGGAGAGGGGGAAGAGAGAGGGGAGUCUCUGAAGGCGCGAGGACCAACCACAACACAGCUGCAGCUUUAUAUAAUUUUCCAUAAGGAGAACCCGGGCAUUGAUUAUGAGUUUUACAUCCCAGUGGAGAAGAAAGAGGGAGAGAAGGAGAGGCAGGCAGAGAGCGAGACACCAAGGGAGACACUGAGGGAGCGAGACACAGCGAGGGCUUCCCUUCGCGGUCCCCUCACAGUAUCAGUAGGAGACCCUCCUCUUGUUUCAGAUCCUUCCUACCCCUCUUUCUCGUCCUCCUCUGCCUCAUCCGCUGCCUUCAACCCCCCAUCCUUUGAUCGCUGGUCGCCUGAAAGGACACGCCCUCAGGGCUCUGCGCCCAAUAGAAAUGCCCGGAUCCCCCCUCGCACUGACCUGCCGCCCGACACUCAGCUGCCUUUCGUGUGGAGGAGAGGCGGCCUCACCGAGUGCUCUGUGACCUGUGGCAGAGGUUCUCAGUACAGAGUGUUUUUGUGUGUAAACCGCCACACGGAGGAAGAAGUACCCGAGGAGAACUGUGACUCUGCAGCCAAACCAGCCGCAGAGGAGGAGUCUUGUAACACACAACCCUGUCCUCCUUUCUGGGAGGCCAGUGCGUGGUCGGAGUGCAGCGUGUCGUGUGGCCCGGGUGUGCAGCAGAGGCAGCUGCAGUGCAGGCAGAGCUUCGGGUCUCGCUCCACCAUGGUCCACCCUCAACGCUGUUCCCACCUCACCCCACCGGACUCAACGCAGGUCUGCCAGCUCCGCCUCUGCUCCCACUGGGAAGUCAGCUCCAACUGGAGCACGUGCUCAGUGGACUGUGGAGUAGGGAGGAGGACACGGGCUGUGCGCUGCGUCAGCGAUCAGGGCAGCGUUGUGAACGAUAAUGAGUGCAACGCUCGUCUCCGCCCAGAUGGAAGUGAGGAGUGCAACAUGGGCCCCUGUGUGACCAACUGGUACUUCACUGAGUGGUCCAACACUUGUUCAGCGCAGUGCGGUCCCGGGGUACAGAGGAGAGAAGUGGUCUGUCUCACCCGAGGAGGGGUGAAAGAGGGAGGAGGAGGGGGAGACUGCAUCGCUGAAAAACCAGCAGACAUGAAGGCUUGCAACAAGGGCCCUUGCGUGCCAGUGACAAUGUGGUACAGCAGCCCCUGGACACAGUGUAAUGUCAAAUGUGGGGAUGGGAGCCAGCGAAGAGACAUAGUUUGUGUCCAGAAGUUGGGGAGCAACUUUACUGUCGUGCCACCUACUGAGUGCUCACAUCUGGAGAAGCCUGCAGCUGUCCAGGAAUGCAGCAUGGGAGAGUGUCAGCCGCAGUGGUUCACGACUGAAUGGAGCGCGUGUUCCCGUUCAUGUGGGAAGGGCAUUCAGGUGAGAGAGGUUCGAUGUCUAACAGCAGACAGAAAGCACAGCCUAUCCUGCGACCCCAGCAACAAACCAGAACAGGAGCAGAUUUGUAACACCAUACCCUGUGGCCCACAAGUUGCAGAUAAAAACUGUCGGGACCGCCUUGAUAAUUGCCUGAUGGUGGUGCAGGCCAGGAUGUGUGUCUACUCCUACUACAAGAUGGCCUGCUGUGCCUCCUGCACACAGAGCGCCCUGCGUGCUAAGAGGCACUGAGCAAACGAACCCCAGACGGAGGAAAGGUCAAAAUCACCGACCCCCAUGAAGAAUGAGUCUGCAGAAAGAGACAGCCCAGAGUUGACGUGGCAUUUACAUAACAUUUAGCUUUUUUUCCCUGACUUUUUUCAGGUAAAACACUGUGAAAACAGAUGAUUCCUUCUACUACUACUCGGUCAUAUCUGACAAACUGUAACCUUCUUCCACUGAGAUGUGUUGAGUUUUUAUGUCCAGUAAUUGAUGCUUCAGUGGUUCUGGUUGUACUUUUCCCUCAUUGCUGUGAUCGUGGGUUCACAGUGGUUAAAAUUCAUGGAGGAGAUGCUUCAACUGCUAGUUUUUCAUUUUGUUAUACAACUUUUUUACUUAGAUGAUAAUUGUAAAAUAAUAACUAU